AUGAAUACAGCCGCUGAACAAUCGAAUGAACAGCCCUCGGAGGAGAGAACAGACUCAAACGUCGACACAGAUGAUCUUGAGACAGACGAAUCCGUAAUUCCAGAGGCUCGAGUAUUGUCGGACGGAUCUGUGAUCAUUCAUCCAAAAAUCGGGAAUGAUCAUACCCGUUCCGUCAUUCUUGUUCAUGACGUCUUGGAUACUGCCGUUGGUUGGGCUCAUGAAUUCGUGGCGGCAAAACUGAAUGAUGAAACCAUCAUGUCCAUCUUUCCUGGAACAACUUGGUGCUUUCCUGAAGUUGAGUAUCCCUGGUUAACGCAGGAUAUGGGGAGCGACAUGAGCGAAACGGACGUUGAUAUGGUCGAUUUCUGGACUGUAUAUUCAGACAACGUUGAAUUGGAAAAGGAAUUAGAGAUACUCGAAUCGCUAUAUAAGAUGCUGCAACCCAUCCAACGAAUGGUCGACAGCGAAUCGAAGCUUGUAGGUAUACAUAAUGUCUUUAUAGGUGGUCUAGAAGAUGGCGCUACUGCAGCACUGCAUUUGUUUCUAGCUAGUCUAGGGAACCAAGGUGGUGCAAUGGGAGGGUUCAUAGGAAUGAAUGGCGUGCUUCCAUUCCACCGGGAGGUCAUCUCGCUGAUAGGUGAGAUACCAUACGUUGAGGAUUUUUCCCGGGACGAAUAUAUAGACAUACAGAUACACAACCUUAAGGAAGUGGUGACUUUUAUGCGAGACGCUUUGGCUCGGCCACCCGCGAGGACGAUUGAUAGAACAUUUGCAUGUCUGGGAAUCCCAAUAUUCCUUGGUAGUAUCAUGAUACACCCAGAAAAUUUAGAACGCAGGGAAGGUAGGGAGGAUAUGAUAGAGAUCCUUCGCCACCUCAGAUGUUUCCACCCUAUAUACUUUACGAACGAUUGUAAAGACCCAAAUUUCGAGGGGCAAGUUGAGGGCUUUGUUAAUUACCUCCGAAAGGCUGGCUCUAUCAGAGUUCCUGGAUGA